AUGAAGCUCACGCCGGAACUCAUCCAGUCAGUUCCUUCCACAUUAAAUCCAAUCAAAGAACGGCAGCUCGAUCUCCGGGGUGAGUGGUAUUACAUCGCCUACUGGGCGCUUACAAAACGGCUCACAGGCUAUAAAAUCCCUGCCAUCGAAAAUCUCGGUAUUACCAGGGACCAGCAUGAUGCGAUAGAUUUUACGGACAAUUCGAUCGUCAUUUUGGGGAAUAUCCCACUCCUUCGCCGUCUCCGCACGCUUCUCCUCGCAAACAAUCGAAUAGCGUCGAUUUCGUCUUCCCUGCACCUCUCUUCCCCCAAUCUGACGACACUUGUACUCACGAAUAACAACAUCACCGAGCUCGGCGACUUAGAACCACUGAAGGACUUGAAGAACCUCAAAUAUUUGUCACUGCUCGGGAACCCUGUGCGGGAAAAGAAAUGGUAUCGCGAGUGGCUUGCCUGGCGGAUUCCAGGGCUGAGAGUUUUGGAUUUCCAGAGAAUUCGUGACAAGGAGCGGCAAGCUGCAAAGGGACUGUUCCUCACGGCAGAUAAUCUACCCACACAACUCGCGACCACGCUAUCUACGACGGUCUCGACCCAUAGUUCAAAAGCGCCUGUGGCGACCGAUGAGCCUAAACCUGCGAUGGCGCCGGGCAAGGCAGGUCGGCUCAUGUCGAAGGAAGAGGCGGAGAAGGUGAAGGAGGCCAUUGCAAAAGCGACGUCGGUGGAGGAGAUCAGGAGAUUGGAGAGAAGUCUGAGAGAAGGAUUUUUGCCUGACAUGCAGGCUGUUGGUGCAUGA